AUGGGUUGCGACCGAAGCCAUCGCAGCAUUCCCCCAAUGGGCUUUGAAGAUUCCAUGCAGGUUGUCAACUAUUCGCCUCCUCCGAAUACAUCGUCGUCUUUUAGAGUGACCCAGUGGGUUGAUCAGCCGUACUAUCGAGGCACCUUCGACAUAUUAUGGACCAGCCUCGUUACCAUUGGCAUAUCUACAUACACGAUGCUGUGCCUUAACGUACCGGCACCCGAUGAAGGUUACCUACGUCUUGUUAGUCGCAGGCUACUAUGGAUGUUUCUGGGGAUAAUAGGACCAGAGUUCCCUUUGAUAUACGCCGCCGGCCAAUGGAGCCGGGCAAAGCAUUCGGUGGCAGCAUUCAAGGCGUCAGGGUACCCUGAUUGGCAUCUGAGGCAAGCAUUUUUCGCCGAUAUGGGCGGAUUCAUGUUCCAUGCCAGAGACGGCAAGCCUUUUCCUCUCAACGCCACCCAGCUACAUUGGCUCGUUACGAACAACUUCGUCGAGUAUCCGUCCAUUACAAAGAGAGAGGUGUGGGACAAGUCAAAACAGGACACUUUCACGAAAGUUGUUACUGCGUUCCAGGUCGGAUACUUGAUUAUUCAAUGCAUCGCGCGCGCCGUACAGAAUCUCGCUAUAACGACGUUGGAGCUUAACGCCGUGGCUAUCGUUACCCCGAUGCACAUAUACUCAACGUACAAUCUUCAAGACAUAAAUCUAGGGCGGGCGUGGAAACUGACUCCACUGGAUUUCAUUGAUGAAAACGGCCCGGGUUAUUCGGUGAACAUACAGCCAUUCAUGAAGAUGCCAGUAAUUCCGGCAGAACGCCCAAUUCAGCGGAUCCCGAAUGACAGGUUUCCUACAGAUCCGUACGGCUCACAAGAAUAUCUGCUAUGCUUUGCUACGUUGGUUUUUACGGCUAUACAUGUCGCUGGAUGGAACUUUGAUUUCCCAUCGCCCACCGAACACCUUCUAUGGCGCAUAAGUUCAUUGUUACUUUUCGGGAUCACUGUCGCAUUCUGGGAGAAAGCAGACGAGCACAAAAGGCGCAUGUCGCAGAGACAGAUGACUAUGGUGAAGCGGCAGCUGACAAACAUACCCCAAGUGUGGGAGUUUGUGACAAUAACUCCACUGGCGAUUGUGUAUGGUGUCGCGAGAAUCUAUCUACUGGCAGGGGCAUUUGUGGAGUUGAGGAAUGUGAAAGGCAGUGCGUACGUGAAUGUUGAAUGGACUAACUUCAUCCCUCAUGUAUGA